AUGGUUGGCGGCGGGCGAACAGGUGUACACCUUCUGCUCGGCUUCGUCAUCGGCGCCGCGUUUUAUCUCAUACUCUACUCGUCGCAAUCGGAAGAGAAUUUUAAGAACUCGCUCGCGGCGUUCACAUCUUGUAGGAGUCCGGAAAGCGAAGGAGUCGAUGUUUUGGAGCCAUCAGCGUUAGAAAAAGGACGAAUUUAUAAGGAUGUUUCGGAACAUUGGAUUGUUCAUCAAGACUCAAUGCCAACACCACCAGCAAAUCAAGACGCGACUCCAAAAGUAACUCGAACCCGAUUCGCCGCCACAGAACUCGGAACUCGAGAACGAAUCAUGGCUGCAGUGAUGGCUGAGUCUGCACUGGCUCUUUCUAUCAAUGCAACACUUGGAAGGCACAUCCCACGAGUUCAGUUGUUCGCUGAUUCAUCUCGAAUUGACAAUGAUUUGGGCCAGCUGACAAAUUUGAGUCCCUACAAGCUAAACGGACAAAAAACACAUUCUAUGGUGCUCGGCCUUCUUUUCAAUAUGAGCACCCACGACAACUACGACUGGUUACUUCUUGCAAAAGAUUCUACCUACUUCAAUCCAUUCGUUUUGCUGAGAAUGAUUGAUACAAUGAACUGGAACGAACCAGUGAUCAUGGGAGAGCCAGCAGAAGACGGCAGUGGAAGGUGUCGACUGGAUAGUGGAGUUAUUUUCAGUCAACCAGCAAUUGCUUUGUUGUUGAUCAACCGUGGUGCAUGUAGCUCACUAUCCACGGCCACUGAUGAUGACCAAUUAGCAUUCGAGAAAUGUAUUCAAAUUGCCACCAAUCUGACAUGCAAACCACUUCAUCAAGGAGUCCGUUAUGAAGUUUGGCGAGGGGAAAGAGCUGAUUCUCCAGCUGCUCAUGAUUCGAUUGAGGACUGGAAACACUCUGCGGCAUUUAGAAGAGCUCUUGUUGUACCACGUCUUCUAUCGGAUGCUGACGCUUCUGCGCUUCACGACUAUUUCGUACGAGUUGAGAUGGCAAGAGCCGAUCGGGAAAUCGUUAAAAUGGAAGCUGAUCUUUCUAGAUUGGCAGAAGAAGAGGCUCGCGAGACAGGAGAAGCUAUUAGCUGGCCUCCGGCACUUCCUCCAUUCGCCAAACCACCGAAUCGUUAUCAAGUUCCAACAUGGGAAUACUUUACAAUGACAGAGAUCUUUCGAAGUGAGCCUAAUCAAAAUGUUCGGCGUCUGGAAGGAAAAGAUUUCGAUGACGUGGCAGAAGUAGUGGUGGCUGCAAGAAAUGAAGUUGAAUCGGAGGAGCCGGAACUGGAGUUCGUUCAGCUUCGCAAUGGAUAUCGGGUGUUUGAUCCAAGACGUGGAAUGGAUUAUAUGAUCGAUUUGACUUAUCGGAAAACUGUAAACGAGAUGCUGGAUCCAGAGAAUCGGUUUGAGGGAGAUAAUGAGGCUGGACACGAAGAGGGACUGAAGGAGAUUGUUGUGGAGAGAAGAGUGCAUGUUAGUCGAAUGAUUGCGAGCACACAGCUGAUGAAUCAGGCACCAUAUGUGAAAGAGGACACAGAUGUCACUGUGGUUAUUCCGGUGGCUAGUGAGAAAGAUGUCCUACCAGCGCGGAAACUUCUCGCCCGUCAAGCCCGUCUCUGUCUCUCGCCAACCGAAGAAACCCGAAAGACCCGUAUGGUGGUUGCCGUUUUCCCAUUAGUCGACACCCGUUCAGUGACUGCUAUCAGCAACGAUAUGGAGGAAUUGAAACGACGAUGCAAACGAUCACUUCUGGAGACUGACGUCCUGCCGGUACGCCCAGCUGUCAGUACAGAAGGAAAAGGAACGGCGGCUGCUGCCGCGUUGGAUGAUGCAGUGGAUCGUUAUGGAGCGAAUAAUAUAUAUCUGCUUCUUUCGCCACAUGCAGAUGUACAAAAAGAGUUCUUUGAUCGUGCUAGAAUCAACACCAUCAAGCAUUAUCAAGUGUUCUUCCCAGUGCCUUUUGUUGAGUACCAUCCGACGAUUUCUGGAAUGGAAAUGACUGAAAAAGAGGAGAAAGACACUCCAACAGAGCAAGCACGCGAAGCGGCACUAUCCAGAUUACGAGAUGGAGUUGAGCCAAAAAGGAAGAGAGCUCUAAUUGUACAAAAAGAGCACGGACGGUUCGAUUCACAGGAUUUCACAUGUUUCGCAGUAUAUGGAGUGGAUUAUGUAACGGCGAGAACGAAAUUAGGGGUGAAUGAGAGGAGGAACGAUUUGAUUGCUGCGUUUUUGGGUCAAGAUGGAAUUCAUAUUCUUCGAGCAGUGGAGCCAACGCUAAGAAUUCGGUAUCACAAACGAAGCUGUGACAUGGAGAGCGUUGAUACUGAAGAUAUUGCUCGAUGUGUGGAUAGUAAGAAGGAAAACGUCGCAGCAAAGGAUCAGCUGGCAAAACUGCUAUUCCAUGAGAAGUAG